UCCAGUUCCCAAAAAACUGUGGGCCUCCUCGUAAAAUGUGAGCGUCAGUCGAGACAGCGACAAAAGUGAAAAAUUCCCCCAACUUGACAGAUCAUUAACAAGCAAGAUCAAACAGUUUUCGACAUUAACUAGCUAGGUUUAAACUGAUAACUUUCCCUAACCAUGUCUUUCUUCGUAGCUAAGGUCAAGAACGUACUUAGUGGUGACACUUUGGUUUUGGUUCCUACCAAGACUGCUCAAUUCCCUGCUCCAGAAAGAACCCUUACUCUUUCAUACGUUAGAGCUGCUGAUACGUUUGAAGCUAAGGAAUUCCUUAGAGAUUUACUAAUUGGAAAGGAAAUCAAAUUCAAAGUCAAUUAUAAGAAUCCAACUACUAAUCGUGAAUUUGGUGAUGUUCAAGCUCCAAUUUUCAAAUCUUUAAUUCAAUAUUUAUUAGAAAAGGGUUUAGUUAAAUUAAAAGAUAAUUUUAAUGAAAAUGAAGGUGAUAUCUAUUAUGAUUUAAAAGAAGUUGAAAAUGGAGCUAAAUUGAAAAAUGUUGGUGUUUGGUCAACUGGUGAAUCAUCAUCAAUUGAAACCAUUGAUAAAUUAUCUGAAAAUGUGAUUCAAAAAUCUCAAAAAUAUCCAUUAAAAGUAAUUGUGGAAAGAGUUAUUAGUGGAGAUAGAAUCGUUGGUAGAGUCAUUGUUAAUCCAAAACAACAUUUCCAAAGUCCAAUUUUAUUAGCUGGUAUUAAAACUCCAAGAACUGAUGAUAUUAAUCAACCUGCUGCCACUACAAAAGUUGCCCAACAAGCUAAAGUAUUUGUUGAAGAAAAAUUAUUAACCACUAAAGCUGAAUUAACCAUUAGUAUCAUUGGUGAAAGUCAACAAGGUUUACCAAUUGCUAUCAUCCAUCAUCCUUCUGGUAAUGAUAUUAUUGAAAAAUCCCUUGAAUUAGGAUAUGGUGAAAUUGUUGAUUGGCAAUCAACUUUAGUUGGAGCUACCACUAUGGUUAAAUAUAGAAAAGCUGAACAAAUCGCUAAAGCUUUAGGUAAAGGAUUGUAUGCUAGUACCACUAGUUCUACUCCUAAAACCACUAUUGUUUCUCCUGUUAAAUCAUUAAAACCAGGUAUUACUGUUGAUAAUGUUUCUAUUGCUAAAAUUGUUAGUGCUGAUACUAUUGUUGUUAGAUUACAAAAUGAUGAUGAAAUAACUGUUCAAUUAGCUUCUAUUAGAUCUCCAAAACCAAAUGAUACCACCAUUGCUGGUGAUUCAUUAAAGAAACAAGCAUUAGUUUCUAGUGCUCGUGAAUUUGUAAGAUCAAAAGUUAUUGGUAAGAGUGGAUCACUUUAUAUUGAUGGAAUUAGACAAGAAAAUAAAGAAUUAGGAUUUGAUUCAAGAUUCUUAGUUAGUUUUAAAUUUGGUUCUACUGAUUUAAGUGAAUUAAUUGUUGAAAAUGGUUGGGCUACUGUUAUAAAACAUAAUAAAGCUACUAGUCAUGAAAGAUCUCAUAAUUGGGAUAAAUUAAUUGAAAUUGAAGAAAAUCAAAAGAAAUUAGCUAAGAAUGGAUUAUUUUCAACUAAUUUAGAUAAAGUUAUAACUGUUAGUAAUAGAAUCAUUGAUGCAUCGGAAAAUGCUACUAAAGCUAAAACUUUCUUUAAUGGUUUUAAACAAAAGGGAAGAAUUUCUGGUGGUUAUUAUAUUGAAUUUAUUCCAUCCAUUAAUAGAGUUAAAUUAUUCAAUCCAAAGGAAGGUACUAAAUUAACUUUAAUCUUAGGUGGAUUAACUAAUGAAAAAUCUCAAGUUUUAAAUGAUAAAGGAGUUAAAUAUUUAAAUAAAAGAUUCUUACAAAGAGGAGGAAUUGAAUUUGAAAUUUAUGAUCUUGAUAAAUUAGGUUCAUUCAUUGGUAAUUUAUAUAUCAAUACCAAUUCUUUAGUUCCAAUUCAAGUUUCAUUAUUAGAAUUAGGAUUAAUUAAGAUCCAUGAUUUAGCUGUGAAUAGUAAUCCAUUUAGUAAUGAUUUAAUUAAAGCUGAAGAAGAAGCCAAGAGUACUAAAAAGGGGAUUUGGUCAAAUUAUGAUGAAGCUAAGGAAUUAGCAUUGCUUGAGAAUCAAGUUAGUCAAGUUAAAAUUGAUAUUAAACCUCAAUUCUUUGAUAUUGAAGCGGUUGAUAUUGAUAAAGAAAGUGGAAUUAUUUCAUUCCAUUAUUUAGAUACUGCUACAGUUAAGAAAUUUUCCGAAUUUAAAACUUCAUUUAAUCAAUUCCAUACUCAAGCUCCUUCAGCAAGUCAAUCAUCAAUUGAUUUACCGUUUAAUUUAACUAGAGUACCAAAGAAGAAUGAUUUAGUAUCAGCCAAAUUCAGUGAAAAUGGGAAAUAUUAUCGUGCUAGAGUUCUUUCUCAUGAUAAAUCAAAUGGUAAAUUUGAAGUUAAACAUUUAGAUUUUGGUAAUAUUGAUAAAGUUUCAUUAAGUUCAUUAAGAAUCUUACCCCAAAAAUUCAAUUUAAUCAAUUAUCCCGUAUUCAGUCAUACUACUACUUUACAAAACAUAAGAUUACCACCAUCUAAACCAACUGAUUAUUUAACUGAUGCCAUCUAUGCUUUAGAAGAUUUAGUGUUUGAUAAGAAGUUAGUGAUUAGUGCCUUACCAGGAAAUGGCACUACCAGUGAAUAUGAAGGUAUCUUAUAUGAUGCCGAGCAAUCGUUAAAAGAUCCUGAUUACACUAUCAACAAGCAAUUAGUCCAAGAUGGUUGGGGUAUAGUUGAUACCAAGAAAGUCAAGGACUCUGUUAAAGAUUAUGUUACCUCUUUAGUAACUGUUCAAUCCAAAGCCAAAUCGCAACAUUUAGGAUGUUGGGAGUUUGGAGAUGUUUCAUUUGAUGAUGAAGACAAUGCAUUCUAAGUACACUAAAUAGUUAUCACAUACUCUCUCUUUGUACAUAUACAAACCUCCUUAUCAUAUAAUAUCAUAUCGUAUCGUAUCGUAACCCAUUCAUUGGCUUGGCUGUCAAUUUGUGUAAAGAGAGAUUUGAUUUUUUGUUCUUUUGAAUUCUAC